AUGGAAUUUGAAGCUCUUGAAGCUAUGAUGACGAUUCUGAAGCCGCCUUAUUCAGUGACUACAGCGAGAGCUUUAUUCCAACUUCGACCCAAAUCAGCCCAUCCCUCACAAAUCCCUCGACAACACCCUCUACCUCGCAUCCCCCGAGUCAUCCUCAUUGCCAGGCGCAAACCCGAUCCGAUAAGAACUACAACAAUGUUCCUGCAACGCUCCGCCAUCACCGCGGCUCGCCGCGUCGCUGCCCGACCUGCUGUCGCUCGCACCUUUGUCACCUCCGUCGCUCGCCGUGAUGCCAGCCGUCCUACCACCCCCAGCGAGCAGGCCGCUGCUCUUGCUGGCACUGCCGAGAAGAAGGUUGGAUCCUACAAGGUUCUGAAGGAGAUCCAGACUGAGGAGGAUCUCUUCGGUCCUGGUGCCGCCCCCGGUACCGUCCCUACCGAUCUCGAGCAGUCCACCGGUCUCGAGCGUCUGGAGAUUCUCGGUAAGAUGGAGGGUGUCGACAUCUUCGACAUGCGCCCUCUCGAUGCCACCCGCCUCGGAACGAUGAAGGACCCCAUCAUGGUCCGAUCUGCUGGUGAGGAGCAGUUCGCUGGUUGCACUGGUUUCCCUGCCGACUCUCACGGUGUUAACUGGCUCGGCCUCACCCGCGAGCGCCCUAUCGAGCGAUGCCCCGAGUGCGGCAGCGUCUACAAGAUGGACUACGUCGGUCCUGAGGACGAUCACCACCACCACCACCCUCCUGAGUUUGAGGAGCCCAAGACUUUUGCCGAUUACAUCAAGCCUGAGUACCGAUACAAAUAA